AUGGAUGAGAAAAGUGCGGAACGGGAGAUCCUUCAAUCCGGCACCAACGGACUCAACGGCAGGAUGUCCUCGGAAGUCACCAGAGCUGUCAAAGGCAACGAUUUCGAGGCCGAUGAUGAGCGGCCACUCGUGGAUAUCAAGAUCCGCGACCUGCUCGUCAAGGUUCAACCGCCACGGCAACCCUUUUGGAGGGCGAAGGUCUCCAAGGAUGUUGAAGCACAGAAGGCGCCUAAAGUGAUUCUGGACAAUGUCUCGCUGGACCUACCCGGUGCAUCUUUGACUGCCAUCAUGGGCUCGUCCGGGUCAGGCAAGACCUCGCUCCUGAACGCGGCUUCGAAGCGUGUGAAAGGCAAGGUCCUGAAGCAGACUGGAAAUAUUGCUUGCCAAAAGAAUGCCGCCGCACUCGCCACCUCUAAUACCUCUCUGGACGCCGGCGUUUCCUAUGUCAUGCAGCAGGAUGCUUUACAGGCAUCCCUAACCGUUCGAGAAACUUUGCAGUACGCAGCCGACCUCCGUCUAGCACCAAAAAUGUCCCGAGCAGAGCGCCGCGCCAAAGUGGAAGACGUUAUCGUCGAUCUAGGUCUGGCUGACUGCGCCGACACAAAAAUCGGAAACAAUGCACAGAGAGGCUGUAGUGGCGGAGAAAAACGCCGAACGAGCAUUGGGAUUCAGUUGUUGGCUGACCAACCAGUGCUCUUUGCAGACGAGCCUACAACCGGACUUGAUUCGACCUCAGCCAUGGGCGUUGUGCGAUGUCUCAAGAGACUGGCGGACAAGGGCCAGACCGUGGUGAUGACCGUUCAUCAGCCUCGCUCGGAGAUAUGGGGCAUCAUCGACAAUAUCGUUCUCCUAGCGCGAGGAGCGGUUGUGUACUCUGGCCCUCGCACAUCCUGCGUCCAGUACUUCGAAAGGCAAGGUCACCAGCUCCCAUCUUUCGUUAACCCGUUCGACUUCAUCAUCGACGUUGCUUCAAUCGAUGUGCGCUCCGAAGAGGCAGAGCGGGGCUCGACAGCUAGGGUUGCCGCACUCCAUGAUGCUUGGAGAGAUACGUCAGCAAAAACGCUGCAGCCGCUCUCGGAGCACACUGGCUCCCUGACGCCGUUUGACGCUAAUGCUGAGAGUACCGGAAAAGCAAUCAUCUACUGGAGCCAACGCAUGUACGUACACACUCAUCGUAACUGGGUGACGACGGUCCGAGAUCGACUUGGCUUGCUCGCUGCUAUCGUCGAAGCUGUAGGAAUGGGAGUGGCAUCCGGAUGGAUCUACUACGGUCUGGGUUCGGACCUUACUGGCAUACGCUCCCGACAAGGUGCCUUCUUCGCCUGUGUCAGCUUGCAGCCGUAUCUCAUCAUGUUGUUCGAAACCUAUCGCCUGACCAUCGAUAUCACAGUCUUCGAUCGCGAACUAGCUGAAGGUGUCACCUCGGCAUUCACUUUCAUUACAAGCAGACGGCUGGCGCGACUUUUACUCGAAGAUGUUCCGGUUCCCUUCAUCUUCAGCACGAUCUUCUAUUUUAUGGCAGGAUUCCGGACCGAUGCAGCCCAAUAUUUUACCUUCUUUGGACUAACGCUGUUAUUACACCUGCUGUCUGUCAUGGUCGCGAUGUUCUGUGUCGCAGCGAAUCGACAUUUCAUGAUUGCUUCGAUCAUCGCCAACGCUAUGUUCACAAUCCAGUCCUUUGGCUCUGGCUUCGUCGUUAAUACUAGAAACCUUGCAGUCUGGCUGAGGUGGCUCAAAUGGAUCACAUAUUCUUAUUAUGGCUAUGCUGCGUUCUCUGCCAAUGAAUUUGCCGGCCAUUUCUACGACUGCCCUUUUCCCGGUGGAGAGGAGGAUCCUCAAUGUGCUGAGUAUACUGGCGACUACAUCCUAAAAGCGUUGAAUCUGCCAAAUGACUGGCUUGCGGUACCGACAGCGGCGCUAAUCGGCUUUCUUGCCCUCAUGUUCGUCGUGGACGGGCUUAUUCUUCAUUUCAUGACACACGACAUCAAGCCAGUCCGAGUCAAUGUGGAAGACUCGAGUCUGGGUGAGGUCGGUGCCAUUGAGUACACGCCAAAUGCGGUCCGGCCAAUCACUGUUGAUUUGGAUGCUUUCGAACUGUCAGUCACAUCAAAGCAUCUCUUUCAGAAAGAAGUCACCAAGACAAUUUUACACCCGACGACUACAACCUUUCAAGCCGGGGUACUCAAUGUCAUCAUGGGGCCUUCGGGCAGCGGCAAAUCUUCACUCUUGAACGCCAUCGCGAACCGUUUGCGAACUUCGACUACAACGAAUUAUGCGAGGAAUGGACGUGUACUCCUGAACCGCGCACUUCCAUCCAGUGAGGUUUUAAAAUCUGUCAUUUGCUAUGUUCCGCAAGACGAUGUGGGACUCCUCCCGGCUCUUACGGUGCGUGAAACGCUACGCUACGCCGCUAGGCUGCGCCUCCCAGCGUGGAUGCCUCACGGUGAGAAGAUCCGAAGGGCAGAGGAUGUGCUCCUGAAGCUCGGGUUGAAGGACUGUGCUGACACACUGGUCGGUAAUGAGAUGAUGAAGGGUAUCUCCGGUGGUGAAAAGCGACGGGUAACGAUUGCUCUGCAGAUUCUCACUGAACCGCGGAUUCUGCUCCUCGACGAGCCUACUUCUGGCCUAGACGCUUUCACGGCAGCGUCCAUUAUCGCAGUAUUGAAAGGAUUGGCCAGCGAAGGACGCACAGUCAUCUUCACCAUCCACCAGCCACGAUCAGACCUUUACAAACAGUUCGGUACCAUGCUGCUGCUGGCCAAAGGGGGCCAUGUCGUUUACUCUGGACAAGCAUCUGACAUGGUCUCCUACUUCCAUGAUCUCGGUUACAAGUGCCCAGAGAACGCGAAUCCAGCUGACUUCACUUUGGACCUGGUUUCUACGAAUUGGGAUGAGAGAAGCUCCGUCUCGAACGAGAAGCUGAAGACGCUCGUCGACAAGUGGACAACAUUGCAAGAGCAGCAUGUGGCACCCGAUCGGGAAAUCGAAAAUCCAGCCGCCCUGGGAUCUCUGGCGCGGAAGAAGACGCCCUUCCGCAUUGCUUUUCCGAUCCUCGUAGUUCGAGCCUUUACGAACGUCAGACGGCAGCCGAACAUCCUCUGGGGCCGCAUCAGCCAAUUCACCGCCUUUGGUGUCAUCAUGGCCUGUUUCUAUUCGCCUAUUCCCAACGAUUACUACUCUGUCCAGACACGAGCUGGCUUUGCCAAUCAAUUUGGUUCUAUUUUUUUCAUGGGAAUGCUGAAUUCGAUCGCCACCUAUCCACCAGAACGAGACAUCUUCUACCACGAAGACGAUGACGGUAUCUACCCGCUCGAAGCAUUUUUCUUCCAAUUCACCGCCUUUGAGACGCCAAUGGAGAUCACUGGGUGCUUGCUCUUCUCAAUCCUGGCUGUCUUUCCCACGGGGCUGCAUCGAACGGCUGAACUGGUUUUCUUGUCAGCUUAUUGUGGCUUUGCUGUAGCAAGCUGUGGAGAAAGCAUUGGCAUCAUGUUCUUCUCCUUGUUCUCACAUCUAGGACUGGCCAUCAAUCUGAGCACGCUUGUUAUGGCCCUGAGUGUGCCAUUGGGAGGUGUUCUGGCAGUCAAUGUAACUGGUUUCUUACAGUGGAUCAAUCACGUUAAUCCAGUCAAAUGGCAAGUCAACGCCAUGGCUAGUGAGCAGCUGCGGGGAGUUACAUUCACCUGUGAGGAGUCACAACGUCUAUCCAAUGGCGCCUGCCCGAUUGAGACCGGGGAGCAAGUGCUGGCGUUAUAUAAGUUGGACCAAUUCUCUACUGGCGAGGCUGCUGGCUAUCUGGCAAUCAUUGUGGUGGCAAUUAGGGUUCUUGCAUAUGCCGUGUUGAAACUGAGGAGGACAAACUUUCGACGAAAGUAG